AUGAGCCGAGAAGACGGGACCACGGGCGUCGCCAUCGGCGAAGGAGAGGCGCCAGCCGCCGACGUCGCAGACGGCGCGAAGUCCGCAAGGGCCGUCGGAGGAGGAGAAAGGUCUGACGAGAAGCCCGCCUCAGAGGAUGAGUCGGAGAGCGAGUCGGAGGCGGGGAGCGAGGCCUCGGAGAAGUCGAAGUCCGCGAAGGAAUCCGAGGACGGCCAGGAGGGAAACGACGGAGCAGCACCACGCGCCGCCAUUGCGGAAGCUGAAGCAGAGGUGGAGGCCGCUCAGAGCGCCUUCGAGGAAGCUGCAGCGAAGCUUCGGGCGGCCGAGGAGGAGGCCGACGCGGCUGUUUCCAAGCAGGUGGUGGAAGCGGGCCUGCAAGCGCGCAUUGACUUGGAUGAGCAGCUGAAGGCGGCGAAGGAGGACUUCGAGCUCGCGCGGGCGGAGGCCCUGCAGAAGGCCCAGGAGGACCUGCAGGCGAUCCGAGAGGAGCAAAUCGCGGAAGCUCACCGCGAGUUUGAGGAAGGUGUGGCAAAGGCAGAGAAGCGCAUCCAGGAGGAGGUGGCCAAGGCCAUGGAAGACGAGGAGACACGCCUGAAGAAGCAGUCGGCUGCCCACGUCGCCCAGGCCAAGGAGGAGCUUCUCCAAGAGGCAAUACCGUUGGCAGAGAAGGAGGCGAAGGAGGCAGCCGAAAAGAGGUUGGCGGCGGCCAAGGCCAAGCUGCAGGAAGCCCAGCGUGGAGAGGAGAACGGCGAGGCGAAGGCUGAGGAAGAAGAAGAAAAGGAGGAAGACAAUGAUCGCGAGGAUGACAAGAAGCAGAAAGGCCCAGCCCCUAAGAUGCAGAGGGACGACACACGAUCCUUCGCCAUCUGCUCCGACUACUCUGAUUACUCCUACUCAGACGACGGCGCCAUUGGCCCCAGAUUUGCGCGAUGUUGCGCCCGGUGUCCACCAACGGUGGUGACGGAACAAACGCCGGACAUGGCAUUCUCGUUGGCCUUGGAAGGAGUUACCGUCCUUGAAACCGGCAACGGCGACAAGCGCAAGACCUUCAAGGUCACCAUCGCUCCGGGCGCUGGGUGA